CGCACCGCACCGCACCGCACGUCGCCAUCCCACUCGCUACUCUUUGACUUUCAUCACCAUCGCUGGGCCCCACGUCUCCUUUCACAACGCGGCGCUCGUGGCUGCGCGCAUGCUCCACACGCUUGCACACCGAGCACUCGCCGAUUCAGUCAUCCUGCCUGGGGCAGGCCAGCCACCAUGUUGGCUGCGUGCCCACAGUGUGGCCAAGAGACCACCGCACUCUCCGGCAAUACGCUAUCGUGCGAAGUGUGCGGCACGGUAUUGGAAGAGUCGGAAAUCGUCAACGAUGUUGGAUUCGCAGAAAACAGCUUUGGUGGAGCUGUGGUGCAAGGCAGCUACGUCGCCGACGAUGCCACGGGCGCACGCAGUUCUCUGGCAGGCAUGAGGGGCAUGUCGGGCUCAGGCUCCAACUCCACGACCAUGACGCUGCUCUCGGCACAACGAGGCAUCCGAGCGCUGGCAAGCGCCAAAAACGUUCCCAGUUCAGUCGCGGAGCAAGCCUCUCGACUGUUCAAGCUGGCGUUGGGCGGUGGCACUGCGCGGGAGAAUGGACCCAAGCUGCCCAACUUUGUGCUGGGAAGGAGAUCAGAGUAUACGCAGGCGGCUUGCCUCUACCUCUCCUGCCGCCUCGCCAAGACCAACCACCUGCUCAUCGAUUUUGCCGACGCUCUCCAGGUGAACGUGUUCAUCCUAGGACGCGCAUACCAGCGCUUGGUGGAUUGUCUAAACUUUCGCGACAAGGAGGGCAUCAAGGAUGCGGUCGAUCCUUCGCGCUUCGUAAUGCGCUUCGCUUCCAUGCUCGACUUUGGCGACUUGACCAACAAUGUGGCGACGGAUGCCACUCGACUCGUCGCGCGCUUCAAGCACGAUUGGUUGGUCGAUGGUCGCAGACCAGCGGGUAUAUGCGGUGCUUGCAUUCUCCUAGCUGCCAGAAUGAACGGUUUUAGGCGUAGCAUCACCGAAGUCGUUCAAGUCGUCAAGAUUGCGGACAGCACCAUUCGAGAAAGGCUGAAGGAGUUCAAAAACACUCCCAUGGCCAAUCUUCCCAUACACGACUUUCGCACGAGGUGGGACGAAAGCUAUAGCUUGCCUCCCAGCUUCAAACCUCCGCGGUCCAAAGGUACGAAACGAGCAAUCAAACCGAUUGACGGCAGCAAGCUCGCCAAACGCCAAAGAACGUCGAAGGGGGGGAACUCGAGUGCGCAAGAGGCACCAGAGGCGGCUGCCAAGACCGACAAUGAGGAUGCAGAUGCGGAAGACGAGGCCGCUGGAGCGGAUAAUGACGACGACGAGGGCGCGCUGUCGGAUGCGAGCGAAGUGCCACCUGAGCUUGAUAGAAUGAUCACCAAACUCACCGAGGACGAAUUGAUGCGCUAUAUGGACCGUGUCGACUACGCUAGGCUGGACAAACAGGUCGCCGAGCUCGAGCAACGCAGAGCGGCAAGAGCCAAGGCUGGCGUCCCCGGUAAUGACGAGAGCGAGUUGGAGGACAUUCGAGCGCUGCGCCCAUCACCUGCUCGCGAAAUGACUUGCAUUCAAGCUACGACGGAUGCCAUCAAGACGAGCGGCAGCCAGGUGGAGGGCAAUGUCGAAAAAGCGAGCCCGAGUCACGCAAACAGCGGUGCUGAGGACGUCGUCAUCAAGACCAGUUCAAGCCAAGUCGGACCUCCAGCCAACACUCGCGCAUCACCUCACCGCGAAGUGUUGGAGCCAGACGAGGUGCCUUUUGCCACCACAUGGUCUGGUGCUGGUUACCUACCCCCAUCUGAGAAGAAGAGCGGCUCGCAAGAGCUGCACGAUGACCUCACGGAUCUCAACGACGAGGAACUCGAUGUGUUCAUUCUCACACCAGAGGAAUCUCGCGCAAAGGAGCGCGUCUGGCUCGAGUUCAACAAGGACUUCCUGCAAACCAGCUUGGAGAAGCAGCUCAAGCUGGAGCGCGACCUCAAGAUGGGCAUACAGCCCAAGACUCCUUCGAGGGUGAGUACCGCGCCAGAGAGGAUGCUGGGCUCUUCUUUGACUGACGCAAAUGUGUGUGAAGCGCAAAUCGGCAAAGCCGAAGGAUUCGAGCACGGCACCGACAUCGGCAUUGGAGUCGACGCAGCAAAUGAUCCACGCAAAGAAGCAAUUCAGCCGCAAGUUGAAUUAUGCCAAUCUCAGCUCGCUCUUCGAGACGGGCAAUCCCGCUGCGGAUGAUCUCAACAUGCACUCGACUACGCAACCAUGGGCAUCGACCUCUCGACGCGGACGCAGACGCGGACGUCGUGUGCGCCAAGAGGGAGAG